AUGGGUCAUGAAAUAACUUUGCAAGUCCCAGCCCGGGUGGCAGAUCCUAACCUGAAUUUCAAAGGACAAGACCAUGCAGCGAUGCAAACGCUAACACUGAACAGAGGAAAGUGCUUGAAAAGGGAGCUGGUGGAUUCGUUUUUCAGGGUUUCACGGCAUAAUAGCGACGAUGUAAUUCAGCAGAAAUUGAACGACACGAAUGGUCCGAAAAAUGACCAGUCGAAAACUACGCGAUGCAGGCAGUUUGUAGAACAGGAGCUGUACCGCGGCUGGGAUUUGCGCUUGAAAGCGCUGAACUUCUGUGAGCAGGAGGCUGCUGAUCUGAAGCAGGAGCUAGACGGUAAAAUGGAGGCUGAGAUAAGAACGGAAAAGAGCCCUGUUUUGACCGCGCGUAUGGAUCCGUACGCAGCUGCCGAGGAUCUCGAACUAAGGCAGGCUCGCUACGAACAGUGGAGGCAACUCACCAAGUGGAUUAGCAACCAGCGAGCGGUUGAAGAUAUAUUGCAGAAAAAUGCUGCAAAAGUUUUGACGAGAGCGUGCGACCCCGACACAGCAUACAUCGACGAUUUCAAAAAGUUCAGAGCGUCGAUGCGGUGA